AUGAACGACUAUGAAAACAGCGCCAGACAAGGCCAUUCGCGGUCCCGUUCGGAAGGAGGGGCUCUCAGAACUCUGCCAUCUCGUCAAGAGUCACUCUCAAGGCCAACUUACCGGACAAACAACGAGGCUCCAGCUAGUAGUUUACCUUCACCCACAUAUGAAAGCCCCUCUUUUGAUCAGUUUUGUGUAUUGAGAUCCGCAGUAAUGUCAUGGACUAGUGACGAUGUCUCAGAUUGGAUUGAUGCUCUUGGCUUUACUGAUAUCGCUCCGCUAUUCGUCAUUAGAGGCGUAACUGGACGUGUCUUAUUGGAACUAGACUAUGAUGCUCUGAGAAAUGUUGGUGUCCAAGUUGUGGGAACUCGAGCUCGUGUCCUUCAAGCCAUCAGGACCUUGAUAAAGGACGAGUCCGACUUUGUGACAACACCAUUGCAAAGGGUUCCUAGCCCUCGUUCUAUACCGCAACCUCUUCAACAACAAUCUCUGAGUCGAAGCAACACUGCUAGAUCCCAACCCGCAUCGUUCUCUAGAACCAAUACGCUGACUCGUCAUAAUAAGAAUUUCAGUCAAGACGAGGCGAGACCAACAAUCUUGCGAAUGCAGACUUUGAAUAGAAAUCUCCCUAAAGGGAUUGAUACAGACGUUGAUUUAUUCCGUCACGUUCAAUCGGCCCCUGAACUGUAUUCGCCACUUGCAACAUAUGCAUAUGGGCCAACAGCUCGCGGGAUGUCGCGUGGGGACUCGCUGAAGAGACCUGAAUCUUUGGGUCCUACGAUUGUCGUUGUUCCAGAUCAAGAACGACGAGCGUCUGCACAGCUUCAGGGCCCUACUAUCGUCGCUUCGAAUAACAGAACUGAUCUCUCGAUCAGAGAGGGCCCCACUAUUGUGAAGGUACCGGAAGGAACCCAUGACGCUGGAUCAUGGAAUACUUUACGUGUUCAAGAGCGCACUUCAAUCGUAAAUGGCGUACCUCUGGAAGAAGAUCAGAACAGGCCGCCAAACACUGAUAAAGGGAAACGGCUUGUAUCCACCUUCCCUCGAUCAACCUCUAUUACGAGUCCCAAACACCAACGGAACAUGUCCGACAACCAACUUCCAUCGCCAACACGACAGAAGCCCUUCAACAACGUACGUAGUACUAAUUGUACAAGCCCGACAAGCCCCAACCCAUACGGUGGCAAUACAAUCGUAACGCCACCCCUAAACAACACGUCAACACCACCUCCGUAUCCAGCACGAAACAACUUUAGUAAUGUCGUUAGUCCAAGACGAUUUACUCCAGAUCUCCACUCGCACUCUUUCGGUGAAAGGCCUUCUGAUGAUAUAAUCGCAGCAAACUUAGAAUCAUUUUUCCCGCAGUUGCAGGAGCAAACCCUCAUGACACCAUCCAGUGCUGAACCAUAUUCACCACAGUUCCCAACUCAUAUACCGCUAUCGUUUGCUUCAUCUCCACCACUACCUUCAGAAACAGCAUCAACCUCAGCAGCAGCUCCAUCUCGUCAUGCUGAUAGACGAGUGUCACGAACUCUAGCUGAUUCAAUCAAGCCAAGAGUGCAGCAAGCUCUAGUCCGAAAAUUAGAACGACGUUCGUUUUUGACUUCAAGUAGUGGUCGUCGCUCGGUUUUGGGACCAUCUCCGUAUUGCGGAUACAAACCGACACCAUCUGUUGUAUCGUCUAAUGCUGAUCUGGGUGGUCAUGAAGACAUUCCAAGACCAGUUGCUGUCAAGACACUUCGUGCACCUCUUCCAACGAGUCUGGGUGAGUUGAAAGAAGAACCAAUACAACGAGAACCCAAAUCAAGGUCACCAUCGCCUGGCCUCAUCCAAACAGCACGAGAAGCAAAAGCACGAUCUCCAUCGCCCAAGAUUGUGACAACAGAAUCAAACCCAUCCACAACGCAUAGCACACCGCCUGAAUCUCCUCAUAAAGAUGAUACUGCAAUCACGAAUGGCAAGCCAAUCAAGUUGGCGGUCAAGUCUAAACAAUGGGUUAAAGGUCCACUUAUUGGGCAAGGUGCUUUCGGUAAGGUGUACUAUGGAGUUGAUAUGGAGUCUGGUGAUAUCAUGGCUGUCAAGCAAGUGCCUCUUGAUGGGGACGAUGAAGAGAAGAUCAAGAUGGGUCGAGAGAAGGCCCUGACUACUGAAAUGGGCCUUCUCUCGACUUUGGAUCAUGCUAAUAUAGUUCGAUAUUUCGGUCAUGAAGUGACUGAUAGCUUCUUCAAUGUGUUUUUGGAAUAUAUCCCCGGUGGAUCGGUUCUCUCUUGUCUUUCAAAAUAUGGCAAAUUUGAAGAGGACUUGGCGAGAUCUCUUGUGUAUCAAAUCCUGUGUGGGCUCAAGUAUUUACACGAUUUGAAUGUGAUUCAUCGUGAUAUCAAGGCAGCCAACAUCUUGUUGGAUGAUUUGGGAGUUGCCAAGAUAUCGGAUUUUGGAAUAUCUAAACGACAAGAUAAUCUCGUCUAUCAGGCCGACAGUCGCUUGUCAGUUCAAGGUUCCAUAUAUUGGAUGGCACCAGAAGUUGCUCGAAGUCAAGCGUAUAGUGCAAAAGUGGAUAUCUGGGGUAUUGGUUGUCUACUUUUGGAGAUGCUGACUGGUCAUCAGCCAUGGCGCAACAUAUCUGGUCACGUCUUGUAUCUCAUUGGGACUGGCAAGUCGCCUCAAAUUCCAGACGAUGUCACUGAUCAAGCGAGAGAUUUCAUUAGUCUGUGUUUUACAGUUGAUGCAGAAAAAAGGCCCACUGCAAGUGAUCUACUUCAACAUCCAUUCGCACAAUAUGAUCCUGCAGAAUUUGAUUUCAAGGAAUGGUCUGAAGCUGCUGCAUCAAGGAUCAUGAGUGAAGGCACAUACCAAAGUGCUUUGAUGUCGAAUUUCAAGAUGGUGGCCUCUGAACGAGAUGAUGAGGAAGAAGACAAUGAAUAG